UCGCUCAUGACGCAUGUAUACGUAGGCCCACGACACCCUCAUGCCACCAGCCUUUAUUUUGACCCACUUCAUUCUGUCGCCGGGCACCAAGAAGGCGCCGCGGCUGCCGGACGGGUACAAGGGCCCGUACUACAUGUAUUUUGUCGACCACCUGACACGUCACCCGGCGAUCUACGGAGAGCCGAUCAAGGUCAAGAUGGCGUCGCUCACGGGCACGCUGCUCUAUGGUUUGAUCACGUACGCCGAGGUCGGGCUCGAGUGGGCCGGCGCACUCAACAACGCGGUGCUCUUGACCCCGUUCGGGUCGCUCGACGUCGCUGCUGUCGCGACGGCCGGGCUCGAGACGACCAAGUUUGCGCUGCAGCAGUUCAAGUCCGUCGCGACGGGGCUUACGCAAGAAGACGUCAAGGCGGGCAGUGCCGCCUUUCGCGAAUUUGUUUGCGAGGCGGACCCGAAGAACGUGUUUGGCGGGUUGAAGCGCUACGCCCUCGUCGACGGCCCCGUCGUCUGGUGCCUCGAGGCGUCGAUGAAGGCGUACCGCGAGCUGCUUGUCACCGAGCUCAAGAACCGGUAUCCUAUCCGCGACAACAACAACGACGACGACGACAACAACAACGACAACAACAACAACGACGACGACGACGACGACGACGACGACGACAACGUCAACCCAUGA